AUUUCCUGCCAGUGUUGGCAACUUCCUCUUUCUCUACUAACUCAGCAUAAAAAGGGCCAUUUUACAGUGCCUGACUCCGAGCACACAGAGCCCUCCCGAGCCUCCACACAACAAAGUCAGAUGGCGCUUGCUUGAGAGAAGACACAUGCCCAGGAGACACUGCWGAAGAGGCUGGAGGGAAAUGGCCAGCAGCCAGGUGAUACUGCUUGUGCUCUGUGGGGAAAUGUGGAGAUCCCUUUCUGCAGCAGCUCCUCACCACACUGCCACAACUGAAAGCCACACGCUCACCACCUCCAGGAGCCUGAGGACAGACAAAACCCCUCUCUACCAACUGCAAACAACCGCGCCCAGUUCACACCAGUCUGACACAUCCCUGGCYGUCACAGAGCCCCAGGCCUUCCCAGGAGAGGAAGAAGCUGGGGAUGGCAGCUGGGUAGCAGCACUGAUAAUUGGCAUCAUUUUGAUUGGCAUGGUGAUAGCAAUUACCACAAUUCUCCUGUGGAAAUGCUGCACCAGGCCUGUUCUGGCUGAGUCCCAUUGGGCAGGCCGGUCCCCCUUYGCCGAUGGGGACACCCCAGAUCUCCUCAUGGACUCUGACCAGGGCACCAAGCGUUCCUCAGUUCUAUUUAUGCUGCCUUGGAAACUGAAACAAGGCACAAACUUGCAGGAGGAUCCGAGUGCCUCAGAGCAGCCACYCCACCACAACAGCGGUGCCGAGAAYGGGCAGCUGCCCCUGCCAGCCACGGGCAGCUCCGAAGCCGCCACGGACCCGGCUCCAGCUCCUCCCUCAGAGCCAGCCAAGGGCACAGCAGCCUCCUGCCCUCAGCCAGACASCCCAGCCGAGUGUCCCGAGCUGCCACCUCCCCCUGAGUGGCUCCAGGAACCCUCUGAGGAUCACAGGCACUCAGCACUGUGCUCGGAAACAGAGGAACCGCUCCCCCCGCCACCGGAGCUACUGCUCCAGGAGAUCCCUGAGCCACUGCCCCAGCCACAACACCCUCUGUAGGUGUUCCCCACAUCUUCCUGAAACCAAGUAAUUUUCCAAAAAGUGAAAAAAAGAGAAGUUGAUGCGGGCAAGAACAGCGAGGCCUCAGCAUUUCCUGGGCAUUUCCCUGGUGUUUCCCAACUUCGGCUUUCACAAGAGAGAACAAUCUGCUUCUGCCUGAAACAAAUAAUUUCUGACUACAACACAAAUUGUGCCCAGUUGUUACCUGUGAUCAGAGAUUCCAGAAGCCAGAGUACACAGCCGUGUGUGCCAGCACAGCCAGACACAGGUAACACACACAUGGAGAUGGCAGAGACAGCCCAGCUCCACAGAGACUCAGCUUCUAAGCACGGUUGGCUCCAGUGGGCUGURCAAAUGAAUGCAGUCAAUUCCAGUUCGUUUUACUAAAGCUUUCUAAGUCAAAGAUGUUUUUGGUCACUUAAAGCCCCAUUGAAUAUUUGCUUACAUACAGAGCUUUGAAAUCCAAAAGAAGUUUAAACAGUAUCACAGGCACUAAAAACCUGACAUGGCUCAAAACACCUGAAGAACAAUUACUAAAAGACUUUCUUCUACCUGGAGCCUCUGGAUUGCUGCACCUAAACUGGAAACAGUUUGUAGCACCCUCAGGCAAAUGAUCAGCAGAAUUAGUCGGGCACAUGCCGUGACUUCUUCCUGUGCAUCAUUAUGCUUUGAAUGCAUUCAGUUACAAAUACAAACUCAUGAAAAAGGUUCAUGGAUGCCAGAUUCCUUUGAACUCAGUGUCCAAGUGCUUUACACGCUCCUCUCUGGGCCCCAAGUACCAGCACAGCUCAUUUCCCCAACACCAGCCUUGGCUGGGCUGACUUGGGUGGGAAGUAASAGGAUGGACUCAGAAGCAAAGUAGUUUAAAAAUCUUUUUUACCAGUACUGAAUAUCUAAAGAAGCUGCUAGAUGCUGAAACUAGCUUUCCAUGAGAGCUCUGCAAAAUGGUACAGUUUGGAGUUUGCUUGAGGAGGGAAUAGAUCUGUGGAUGCAGCACAGAGAACAGGUUUGCACACAAUAAACUCCAAAAAUUUUUAAACUACCACUUAUAUAAAGAGUAGCAAUUUAUGCAAAUGCAAUUCCAGGCUGAUGUGCAUACAAYGGCCUAGGUAAAUAGAUUUUWAAUAUUUUUUUUUUACAGUUUACAUAAGCUGUAUGUCUGGGUAUGCCUAAAAAACAGCAUUACAAUUAUACAAAGCUUUUUUAAGGCUCAUUGCAUUACAUCCUGUUAAAAUUAACAGCAUUAUAAACUAAACAUUAUAAACACUCUCAACAUAUUGCUUUCAGAAAAUCAGAUAGAGAUUUCCUGUAGAAAUCUGUAAAAUUCUACAAGCUGAGCUGUAUUAUGCUUGACAACACAGUGACAGCCUGAUCCGAGGAGUAGAAAACAGAGUAUUUUAAAAUAAUGAAAAUAUAUUCUGGCAGUGUAGCUUAAAAAAACUUAAGCUAGGAAGCCGAAAUCUCCAUUAACCUCUAUUACAGGAGGAGAGGUUAAUUGAAGGCAAAAAGAACACAAGUUAAUGUGACUUCUCACACGGAAGCACGAAGCGGAAUGGCAGCACAGGCUGGGGGAGCCGGGCUGGGGGAACAGUGCCGGGUGUG